ACCAGCCCACUCAAAGCAAAACAAUUGCAGUGAGUAAGUUAUCUGACGUUAAUUUUAUCAAUACUAAUUUUACCACACCAAUACAGACAUUUGAUAACCUCUCGAAAGAAGAAACGACGGGAAAUUACUGGGCAACUGUGCGCAAUCUUGGUACGAAAUCUUGCCAGGAAUCUAUUCAACUAUAUAACUGUAAAUGAACAGCUGCAAGACGCAAAGUCAACCAUCCAAGACCUUUAUCCAUAAAGUGUCCACGUCUGUUUAAGAACAUGGACAAGGAAGGAUACGUGUGAAGAGAAGGACAGCAGAGAUUUUCUCUCAUUUUCAUACUGAAGGUAGUUUCAGAUCUUGUGACACAAUGAGCACCUCCAACAUGGAAGCCACAACCAUGCUGCCAGUCCUGAAGAAGAAACUGGCAUUUUUGUCAGGAGGCAAGGACCGGCGCAGCGGCCUGAUCCUCACCAUACCGCUGUGCACGGAGCAGACCAGCAUGGAGGAGCUGAGUGCCACGCUGGACUAUCUCCUCGGCAUCCCCAGUGAGAAGUGCAAAGCACGAGGAUUCACCGUCAUCGUGGAUGGGAGGAAGUCACAGUGGAAUGUUGUGAAGACAGUGGUGCUGAUGCUGCAGAAUGUCAUCCCUGCCGAGGUGUCCUUGGUGUGUGUCGUGAAGCCUGAUGAAUUCUGGGACAAGAAAGUCACCCACUUCUGUUUCUGGAAGGAGAAGGAUCGUCUCGGCUUUGAGGUCAUCCUGGUGUCGGCCAACAAACUGACGCGCUACAUUGAGCCAUGUCAGCUGACGGAAGAGUUCGGGGGGAGUCUGUUGUACGACCACAUGGACUGGGUCAACAAGAGACUGGUCUUUGAGAAGUUCACCAGGGAGUCCACGUCCCUUUUGGAUGAGCUAGCGGUCAUCAACGAGAACGAAAAGUCCAACCAGCCAGACAAAGACAGGCCACCCGAUUGUAAUGCCUUGCCAUCCUUCGAUCCAGAAACGGUUUUACAAACAGGUCACGAGCUGCUGUCGGAGCUGCAGCAGCGGCGCUUCAACGGCUCGGAGGGCGGCGGCGGCGGCGGCGGUGGUGGUGGCGGCGGCGGGGGCACGGCCUGGUCGCCCAUGGACGACGAGCUGCUGGCCCAGCCGCAGGUGAUGAAGCUGCUGGACUCGCUGCGGGAGGAGUACACCAAGUACCAGGAGGUGUGCCGGCAGAGGAGCAAGCGCUCGCAGCUGGAGGAGAUCCAGACCAAGGUCAUGCAGGUUGUGAAUUGGCUGGAGGGUCCGGGUACUGAACAGCUCCGUGCACAGUGGGGGAUCGGGGACUCCAUUCGGGCGUCCCAGGCCUUGCAGCAGAAGCACGAGGAGAUCGAGAGCCAACACAGCGAGUGGUUCGCGGUGUACGUGGAGCUGAACCAGCAGAUCGCCGCGCUGCUGAGCGCCGGUGACGAGGAGGACCUGCUGGAGCUGAAGGCCCUGCAGCAGCAGCUGAGCGACGUCUGCUACCGGCAGGCCAGCCAGCUGGAGUCCCGGCAGAACGUGCUGCAGUCCGCCCACGAGUUCCACGGCACCGCCCAGGACCUGUCCCAGCAGCUGGACGGCCUGCUCGGCAUGCUCUGUGCCGACGUGGCCCCGGCGGACGGCGCCGCCAUCCAGCAGACCCUCAAGCACCUGGAGGAGAAGCUGAAGAGCGUGGAUGGCGCCCUACAAGGCCUCAAGGAGAAGGGUCAGGUUCUGCUGGAUCAAAUGUCCAAUCAGGCCUCCUGGUCGUACGGAAAAGAAGCUCCGCUAGAGAACAAGGAAAAUGUCGACCACAUCCACGGUGUCAUGGAGGACAUGCAGCUCCGCAAGCAAAGGUGUGAAGAUAUGGUGGAUGUGAGGAGACUGAAGAUGCUUCAGAUGGUCCAGCUUUUCAAGUGUGAAGAGGACGCCUCUCAGGCGGUGGAGUGGCUGGGGGAGCUGCUGGAUGCCCUGCUCAAGACCCACCUGAGACUGGGCGACGACUCACAGGAGACCAAAGUGCUCCUGGAGAAGCACAAAAAGUUUGUCGACGUUGCACAGAGCACCUAUGACUAUGGUCGACAGCUCCUCCAGGCCACCGUGGUCCUUUGCCAGUCCCUGCGCUGCACCACCCGCUCCUCGGGCGACACGCUGCCCCGUCUGAACCGCGUGUGGAAGCAGUUCUCCGUCACCUCCGAGGAGCGAGUGCACCGGCUGGAGAUGGCCAGCUCUUUCCACACCGCCGCAGAGAAGCUGCUGAAAGAGAGCCCGGAGCAGGCUGAGCUCAUGGUGCUGGACCUGGAGUCGUGUGAGGAGGCGGUGGCGCUGGGGAAGACUCUCCUGGACCGCCUCACCGUGCCUGUCAUAUUCCCAGACGGGAGUGAGCACUUCUUUGGCAGCCCUGGCGACAUGGCGUCGUCUGCGGAGAGCGUGCGGGAGAAGCUGAAGCUGGUGGAGGAGAAGCGCUUCCAGCUGGAGGAGGUGGAGCAUCUCCAGGAGCAGCUCCAGGACCAGGACCAGGACCAGGAAGAGGAUCAGGAAGAGGAUCAGGAAGAGGACCAGGAAGAGGAGGCGCUAGAGACUGAGGAGCUGGAGAGCUAAUGCAGCCUCUCAAUUACGCAUCGUGACCUGCACCCUACCCUACACCCCCCUCCCCGCCUCCCCAUUUGGAGCCUGGGAACCCCCUUCCGGAACAUCGCCUCAUCCUCAUGUGCUCUAGGUGUUGGUCAGAUUUGUUCUGUAGGCGGGGGGUGGUGGCGUCGGUACGCUCAUGCUCCUACCAUCUCAGUUAUACGCUGCCUUUGCCAGAUCAUCUUAACUUACCGAGUGCUGUUAAAGAUAGACAGCUUGCCGAAAUCCCCUUACAUUGCUUAUAGUACACGGGGGAAAAAACCCGAGAAGACAUCCAAAAUAAAUAAAUAAAUAAAAAGAGACAAGAAACGAGAAAAGACUGCACUGAACUUUUCCCCCUUUAAAGCUUUACCUUUGCUUACUGGCACUUGUCCUCCGUUACGUAGGCUGGUGACUCGAGCUUUUUUUACGGUGCUACUAAACCUGUAGAAUGUGCCGGGAGCAUCACAUCUGGCUUUGUUUUAACCUGGUGCUGUAGAGUUUCUUGGCCUCCUGGCAAACUUUUCGAUUGACCGUCAGCAUUGUAUUUUGUAUUUCUGUUCUGUUGCUUCCUGUUUUGCAGUACUUCAGUGUAUUUGAGUACUUAAGCAGAACUCUGUCGAUAUUUUUUUAUUGUGCCAAUGCAAGAACAGAAGGCCUUUAAAUUGGACACAAACUGCCAACCUAACUGGUUAAAGUUCAGACAGCAAUGUUAGUCAUGGGAGACAUCAACUAGCCCAUAAAGAUAUUUAGCAGACGACGUUAGUUGUGUGUAUCAAGGUACAAUAUAAAAACAAAGCCUUGUCAAAACCCUAGACUAGAACUGUGGCUUCCAGCUUUGUUUUGAUAAAUAAAAUGUGAAACAAAUUAUGUUGCAUCUCAUAAUUGUCCUAAUAUGUACUUUUUCCUGCUUAUUGAGGCAUGCUGUUAUAAUAAUUCCAUAUUUAUUUUGUUUUGUAUUUUAAUUGAUAUGCCUUUAAAUUUGUACAAAACUUGGCAUUUUUACAUUUUAAGCUAAUUAUGUGUUUAAUGAACACAUGGGUCACAAGAAAUAAAUUGGCAGAUGAACAGCAAACUGAGGAGAAAUAUGCUUU